AUGCAGGCCCCCGGCCGCGAUGAUGACGAAGGCUCGGACAGCAUGGUGACAGGUGCAGAAUCUCCCAGUGGCCCAGGGGACUCCAUGGGCCCUGGAGACGCGGACAGCACCGGAGCCGAAAGCGCUGCAGCCGGGAAGAUCCCCAGGUCGACAGAGCAUCACUGGACUCAGGGCCGGCUGGAGAAGCCUCUGACUCUGACGGAGACCUGGGAAGUGAGCACCCUCACGGUGCCCUUCCUGUCUAACGUGGAUGCCGAGGUGGCCCUCAGGUUCCUGUUGCCAGGUGCUGACCUCUACCGUGGGAUGGUUCUUUGGGAGCUCUCGGUGACUGGCAGUGAGCUCUUUAUCCGAUUAACUUCCGAAGAUGCUGAGCUCCUGCAAAUUUCCACUUUCUCCUUGCUCAUCCGGCUCUUCAUCGUGAGGCAUGUCAUGCAGCACCUUGUGUUCCCGGGUUUUCGCUAA